CUUAAACGUAAGUACAGUGUGAGUGCUUAUCUUGUCGUUAGUAAGCAGCACGGUCCCUAGCAACUCGCAGUGUCUCAGCCUUGGCGGAGUUUUUCAAGAUUUUGGAAAACAAAUCUAAAAACCCUCAGCCAGACGCUCGUUCAGGACUGUCUGACAACCCGCAACAAUGAGUUCCGCAGGAGUCUCCUCUUCCACCCUGAUGCCGAUCAAGGAGAAAACAGUACAGGAAAGCCCGGUGCACAUGGUUGGACCUUUAACGGGCUACAAGGCGACGCUUGUACGAGUGGACUUUGUUCAACGAAUUUCGCUGAUGUUUGUGAAGAUUCUUGCGGCGAUUUUUGCAACAUGUGCCGUCUUGUGUAUGGUCUUGAUGCUUCCGCAGGAGCGUCCAACGGAGCCCAUGGAUGUGGACCUUCAGCACGGACCUUUAACGGAUUACAAGACAUCACUCGUCGGAGCACUCUUCCUUCAGCAAGUUGCGCUGAUCUGCGUGCUGCAAUUGUGGGCGAUCGCGGUCUUGCAGAAGCCGAAAGAUUUGAGUGAGCCCAUGGAGGUGGACCUCGAGGUGGACAUAGAGUUGGAUCUGGAGCACCCUGAAGUGAUGGACACAUCAUAAAAUAUUAAUGCUGAAAAAACAAUACCACGGCUGUAAAGGCUGGUAGCUUUUGCAGUGACUCCGACACCACAACCCUUUUAUUUCCGAACAUGAUAUCUUAUAAAAUCUAUAUCUAUAUCUA